AUGACACUUUCACCUCCUGGCCUUACGCAUAGGGAGAGAAGAUUACAUCAGAUCAUGCUUGCUGAUUGGGACUAUGAAAAAGUUGGCAAAUCUGAACGUGGGAGAAUUAAUGAUAAGAGCUCAAGACCUCAUGUGACAAUAUUUGAUCGUAUUGAAAAAAAUUACGCAAUGAUUACCAUGAGGUCAAAAGACAAGCCUAAGCUGUUGUUUGAUACUGUUUGCACUCUAACUGACAUGCAGUAUGUAGACUUUCAUGGAGUUGUUCACAUUGGGAGGAUGGAAGCUUAUCAGUAUAUUCGACACGUUGAUGGGGUCCCUAUAUGCUCAGAAGCUGAGCAAGAACGCGUCAUGCAGUGUCUUGAAGUCGCCAUUGAAAGGCGGGCCUCUGAGGAGAUGGAGCUAGAAUUGUUAAUAGAAGAUCGGGUUGGACUCCUGUUAGAUAUUACGAGGAUCUUCAGGGAGAACAGUUUGUGUAUUAAAAGAGCAAAAAUUUCGACAAAAGGAGGGAAAACCAAAAAUACUUUUUAUGUGACGGAUGUGUCUGGUGAUCCAGUUGACCCUAAGACAAUUGAUUCAAUUUGUGGGCAGAUUAGACCAAGUAUACUGCAUGUUAAAAUGAACUAUAGCCCUUCCCCAAAUCCUCCCCAAGAGAAGAAAAUGAGCUGCCUCUUUGGGAACUUCUUUAAGGUUUGA